UGUUUGUAUAAUUUGCCUUAUGGUGACCAGAUGUCUUCAAGUGAAAGUGGUGACAGUAGUGAUGAUGACGAUCAAUUUUUUUCUUUCAUUCAAAGUGGUGCAAAACUUGCUGAGGCUUACGUGAGCCUUUAUAUGGACAAGGCAGCACCAAGGAUAUCACAGCUGAGUGGAAUGGGAUGGGUGACUGAGACCAUAAACACUCCAGGCGAAUGCCACAGAAUGUUUCGGAUGAAUGAGCGCAUCUUUCUGGAUCUUCAUGAUAAGUUGACUAUUCGUUAUGGUUUGAAACCAUCUAAGUUCAUAAAUACUUAUGAAUCACUUGCAAUAUUUUUAUUUAUCUGUGGUGGCUGUGAGUCAAAUAGAAAAGGGCAAAACAGGUUCAAGCAUUCUGGUGAAACCAUUAGUAGGAAAUUUCAUGAAGUUCUUGAUUGUGUGAUUGCAAUGGCUAAGGAUUAUAUAAGACCACUUGAUCCCAAUUUUCGGUCAGUUCACAAAAGAAUUAGAAAUGACAAAAGAGCAUGGCCACAUUUGAAGGAUUGCAUAGGAGCACUAGAUGGAACUCAUAUUCUAGUGUCUCUGUCACCUGACGAACAAGUUAGAUACAUUGGAAAGACAAAAGUUCCUACGCAAAAUGUGCUUGCCAUUUGUGAUUUUGAUAUGCGUUUCACAUAUGUGUCUGCGGGGCAACCAGGGGCUUAUCAUGACACAAGUGUACUGUACCAUGCAAUGGAAGUGGACAAGCAAGCCUUCCCGCAUCCUCCAGAAGGCAAAUACUAUGUUGUGGAUGCGGGGUAUCCGAAUCGUCCAGGAUACUUAUCUCCAUACAAGGGUGAAAGAUACCAUUUACCAGAGUGGCAUCGAGGUAUGGAACCAAAUACUCCAACAGAAAAGUUCAAUCGGAUUCAUUCAUCUGUUCGUAAUGUGAUUGAACGUUCGUUUGGACUAUUGAAGAUGAAAUGGCCAAUUCUUUAUAAGAUGCCCCAUUUUUCCAUGCUAACACAAAAGAAGGUUGUAGCUGCUUGCAUGGUUUGCCACAAUUUCAUACGUGAGCAUGCUAGUGGGGAUGUGGACUUUGCUAGAUUUGAUCGAGAUCCGAACUUUGUGCCAACUAUCCCGGAAAGAUACAACAACGGCUCCGGGCAGCAUCAGCAGCAGCAACAUGGAGGCACGGAGCAGCAGCUGCAGGUGGUGGCGCAGCCCGGGGAGCUGAGGAAGCAGACGCUCGCGCCCAAGCAGAGCUCCAACAAGGACCGCCACACCAAGGUCGACGGCAGGGGUCGCCGGAUCCUGAUGCCCGCGCAGUGUGCUGCGCGGAUCUUCCAUCUCGCGCGGGGGCUCGGCCAGUCCGACGGCGAGACCGUGCAGUGGCUGCUGCAGAAGGCCGAGCCGGCCAUCGACGCCGCCACCGACACCGACACCAUGCAUCCCGUUCACGCCUUCGCCGUCCACUACAUCCUCUCCGCCCCCCACAUCGCCGCCUCCGUCGUCGACCCCGGCUCCAGCGACCUCCACUGCAUCCCCUCAGACAGCUACUUCUUCGGCGUUGGAUCGACGAUGCUGCCUCCAUCUGGGAUAUCGGUUCAAGCUUCUUCUACCUCCGACAACGUCAACAACUUCAUCUUUCGGUUGCCGGAAUAUGUCUUCUUAGAUGGCUUAUCCGAUUCCCCUCCAACCGUCGCUUUGCGCGGUCAAUCCAUCUGGGUGCACGCGUCCUGGACGCUCUGCGUAUUCCCCUCGCUGGCAUGCAAGUCUAUCUCGUCGCCUUAG